AAAUGACAGGUGACAUUUCCUAACAAAGUCCGCUUGCCGAUGCCGAAAAUUAAAAAAGAAUCCGUUGAGUGUUGUUAUUAUUUAAUUUUAAAGUUUUAUUUUUUAAAUAAAAAUGUCUUUCGAUUUGAAUUCUAUUAGCAAGGCAUUAAACGAGCCAAACAGAACGGAGAGCGGCGUCGAUUUCAGUGGAAGAUCAUUGAAAUUAGACUCGGAACAAGAUGCACAGCCAAUCAUAGAAGCGAUCAACGCCUGCCCAAACCUCCAUUACCUGACCCUAACCGGUAAUACACUGGGUGUUGAAGCCGCUAAAGCUAUCGCAAAAGCAUUAUCGAGACACCCGGAAUUGAAAGUCGCUCGCUUCAGUGACAUGUUCACGGGGAGGAUGAAGACGGAAAUUCCUCCGGCACUGAGCGCGCUCGGUGAUGGCAUGAUUGAAGCGGGAGCGAGGCUCACAUUAUUGGAUCUCAGCGACAACGCCUUUGGACCGAUCGGAGUCGAGGGUCUGGCUAAGUUACUGCAGAGUGAAGUUUGCUCGGAGUUGCAGGAACUCCGUUUGAACAACAACGGCCUGGGAAUAACCGGCGGAAGGCUAUUAGCGAAGGCCCUGUCGAGUAACACGCUGAGGUUAAAAGUAUUCAUAGCGGGAAGGAACCGACUCGAGAACGACGGGGCCAAGGCUCUGGCUGCUGUUUUUCAGUCGAUGGGCAGUCUUGAAGAGUUGGCUAUGCCGCAGAACGGUAUUUAUCACACUGGGAUAGCGGCGCUGUCGGAGUCGUUCAGACAUUCACCGAAUUUGGAGGUCAUUAACCUUAAUGAUAACACCAUAGGACCGAAGGGGGCUGCCUCCAUCGCUGCGGCGUUGCCGAGAUUAAAAAAAUUAAAAUCAAUAAAUUUCGGCGACUGUCUGUUGAAGAGCGCCGGGGCGAAGGCGCUGGCUCAGGGGAUAAAGGACUACAACGUACUGCUCGAGUCCAUUGAGUUAAGCCACAAUGAGAUUGGUCGGGAGGCUUGCAUGCAACUGGUUGAGGCUCUGACAAUACAACCGGGGGCCAAGGAUAGACUGACAAGAGUUAAUCUGGCCGGCAACAGUUUGGGUGGAGCGGCCAAUAAGAAAAUCAUGAAGGAUAAGCUGGGAGCCUCCGCUGAACUCAGCGAUGGAGAAGGAAGUGACGAGGAAUAUGAGUCGGAGUCGGAACAUUCUGACUACCAGUCUGGAGCGUCGGAGGACAGCGCCACGGAGGACGCCAGACACGCGGACACCAGCCUCGAGGAGCACGAGGACCUGGACAGGACUGGCAUAGAGGAAGUAGAGACGGAUAUUGGGAGAUUUCUCAAAGAUCCAACCUUAGAGAACCUGAGCCGCCUGGGCGGUGAUAUAGCAGAGGUCAUUGACGCACAUUUACAGAACAUCAAGGACCCGGAGAGUCUCACCGUAUCAUAUGUGGAGGCGUUGUGUUGUGUUUGGGGAGCCAGCGAGGGCGACAGUCAGAGGAAGCUAUGCCGGACCACCAUACAGAGAGCCCCGCAGCAGUGGAUACUGGCCAACAACAUGCUCAGGGCACUGCAACUCAUUAAGUCUGAAAACAAGGAUUACAAAAUAAGAUGGAAGGUGCCAUCGUGUUACAAAGCACUCGCAAAGGAAAUCGACGAGGCCUACUUCCCUCACGCCCUCAGAGACACGCUAAAGUUCUUCAUCGCGAGCAAGAUGGCGUCACUUCCGCCGGAAAUCAGAACAGUUGUAGAGAAACAUCCCAAUUUGUACACAUAAUAAAUUGUUAGGCGUGA